CGCCCCCCUCCCCUCCUGUCACUCACAGCGAUAGUCAUCAUAAUGUAAGUGGUCGCCAGCUGAGCGGGUCCCCCGACACAGGGCAAAGGCAAGCAUCCACCCAGCGAGCCUGGCGACCUGCCAACUCAUGGACCCUGCUCGCCUUCACUGACACACUUCGCUAUGGCUGCCCAGUCCAGCAGCUUGUACAAUGAAGAGAGGAAUUUACUUCGGAUCAGAGAGCGAGAGAGAAGAAAUCAGGGAGUUCUUCAAGAGAAAGAGCCUUUACCUGACCAAGCCCCACUAUUUCCAGAACCUUACAAGACAAGCAAGGGAGAUGAGCUGUCCAAUCGUAUACAGAGUAUGCUUGGUAACUAUGAGGAGGUUAAGGAACUGAUUGGUGCAAAUCGCAAUGAGAGUUUCAUUGGCAUACCUAAAAGUGUAGUGCCUAGUGCCUUACAGAGUAAGUCUGACAAGCCAAACGAGGUAUCUCGGCACUCAUUCCACAGUGGUACACAUCGACCUAUUGGUACGUCAAAUAUCUCUUCUGGCCAUCGGCAUAGACCUCAUGCAGAGACUGCGCUGACUGCUGGUCAUCUUGCAAAAAGCCACACUUCAGCACAAGGGCAAGUGGAGGAUCGCCGCACUCGCGAGCAACAAACUGGAAGCAAACCCAUGGAUAAAAGUGGUAGGAGAGCCCGAGAAUGCUCUGCUGAACAGUUAUCCCCUUCCUCCAUAUCUGCCCUAUCCCCUCUUCUUUCCUCCUUGUCCCCUCCAGGCGAGCCUUUGUCACCUUUACAUUCCAGCCAUGAAAUGGAUUCAAAGCCGCAGGACGGCCAAAGCCACGAGGAAACAUACAGUCAUGUAAAUAAAUCCCCAUACCUGUAUGAUGUAGGAAGAAAGGAUGGUGGUUCUUCUGUUACUAACUUGUUGCCUUCCACUCAAACCUUCCCGACAUCAUUGACUUCAAAAAAUAAUGUAAUGCCUCAGAAGCCCACUGCUUAUGUGCGUCCAAUGGAUGGACUAGAUCAGGCCCCUAAUCAUUCUCCAGAUCUGAAAACACUGCAAGAAGGUUAUGACGGAGAACCUUAUGUAACAUAUGCAGACCUUAAAGUGAAAGAGAAACUCUCAAGAUCAGAAAUUCCUUCUGGACAAUUUGAGACCUACUCCAAUGAAGCCCAAUGUGUUGAAGAAAUUUUGAAGGAAAUGACCCAUUCAUGGCCUCCACCAUUAACAGCCAUCCAUACACCUCGUGCUGCUGAACCAUCCAAAUUUUCUUUUCCCACAAAGGAAAUUCAGCAAAUCCCAUCUGUGAACCAGAAGCAGUAUGACACCUCUUCAAAGGUCUUGCCGUCGCCCCAGCAGAGCAAUUUUAUGCUGCAAGAUGACCUCCAAAUCAGUGACAGUGAUGACAGUGACGAGGGAGAGAACUCUGAAAAGAUAUCAUCCUCAUCUGUGCCAUCAAGUGUGCAGCAGUCUCAGGCAGAUAGCGUGGUUUCUGCAGACUCUGGCAGUGUGGCAUCAGAGAGCAGCGAGUCGGACAGCUCUUCAGACUCUGAGAACGAGAGCAGCUCAAGCGACAAUGAAGUGAAACAGCCAACAAGAACUGUUUCUGUGGAGCUCAGUACAUCCUCGACCAGUAUAUGGCAUUUAAACAACUGGAUGAAACCUUCAGCAUCAACUGAAAGUCAAAGCAUUGAGGACCAUGAACAACCAAACCACUGGGAUAGUAAAGAAGAGGAAAUUCAAAAGACUGUUGAGCCUCACCACAAAAAGCUUACAUGGACUUCUCAGGAUGAAAUCCCGAACAAAAUAUCCCAUUCACAGUCCCCCGUGCCUAAGGAAAACAUUACCCCCAGACAGACUGUUGGCAUUAAGCAGCCUCGAAAGACUGUUAAAGCCUUGGUUACUGAGGAGCCAAAGGGAGGUCUUACAGUUGAGAGUGAACCUGCCCCAUACAGACCCAGAGACCAACCCUCCAAAGAGAAACCAACUGUUAAAACGAAAGAGCGAACCAAAUCAAAUCAUUGUAAGGAACCAAAAGGUAGCAGUGCGCAUACCAGUGAGAAGAAGCACAAAAGCUCUCGACAUGGUGGCAGCAGCAAGAAGUGUUUGAAAAUUCAGUCAGACAAGGGCCACUCAGCCCCUCCCUCUCCACAAAUCCCCCCUAGUCCCAAGGGGCAAAGCAAAGCCAACCAUAGGACUAGUUUGGCUCACCCUGCAGUUGUGGUGUGUGAGGACAUACGUGGGGAUAAAGUGUUAUUACCAAUCGGGGACAGAUUGUUGCAACCGCUAAGUAGCAAGCCUCUGUCUCUUGUUGUCAGGAUUGACCUGACGUUGCUCUCUCGGCUUCCUGGCAUAUGUGGCAAUAUUAGCCAGUCAAAAAGAGAGAAUGGAAUUGAUCAAGGGCUUUAUUUUAAGAAGGAGGCGUCUGAGACAAAAAAGCUGAAGAAGCAAAGCAAAGAGCACUCGAAGAGUAAGGUGGAUGAUUGUGACAAGAAUAGUAAAAAAAAGAAAAUAAAGGUAGAGUCUGAAACAAAUGCCGCCACUUCUCGUCACAAAGAGUUAUCCACAGAAAAGUUGCCUAAAAAAUCUUCUGAGAAGCUUCAUAAAGAGCAUCGGUCGCAAAAAGCAAUGUCUCAACCAGGCCCCACGCAGAAGUCCGCCCAAAGGCAUGCACAAAAGCGGAGGCCCAGUGAAAGUAGCAUCUGCAGCCAGCAGUCCACGACAAGUAGCGUAAAGAGCAAUCACAAAGAGCCCUCCUCUGCCAAGCAUAGGAGAGUGGACGAAAAAGUGUCUGAACGUGCUAAAAGCAACAAGGCUUCUUCAGAAAAUAAAAUAACUCCUUCCCCAGUGCCUUCUUUGCCAAAUGGUAAUGCCAAGCCAACAAGACCUCAGCUGAAGUUUGAAGAAAAGUUGUAUACGUCAGACCAUUAUAUGAAUGAGGCCAAGAAGUUAAAGCACAAAGCAGAUGCCAUGUCGAGCAAGAUUGGAAAGGCAUUCAACUACCUAGAUGCUGCUAUGUAUUUCAUUGAGUGUGGUAUUGCGAUGGAAUCUGAUGUGCAGACCCCGAAGCCUGCUUACACAAUGUUUGCAGAGACUGUCGAUCUCAUUAAGUUUAUAAUGAAGCAGAAUAACUUUACAGAUCGCUCAGCACCUGCGCAUGAAAAGGCCCUAGCUACAUUAUGUAUGCGUUGCCAGUCCGUUCUGUUUAUGGCAAUGUUCCGCUACAAAAAAGACACUGUUUUCAAGUAUUCCCGCACGCUUGGGGAACACUUUAAGAGUUCUUCCCGAGCUGCACAAGCACCUUCUCAGUGUGUUUCAAGAAGUACUGGUACGCCUUCUCCUCUCUCCCAAACUCAUACCUCUGCGAGUUCUGGAGGAUCGCAGUCAAGAUCCAUUCCUAGCAAUAAUGGAGGUCAAGGUUCAUCAAUCAAUAUCCCCCAGGUGAUUCAUCAGGUAGCAUCGUCAUAUGUCAACAUCACCUCGUAUUUUCUGAACGCUUAUGACAUCUGGGAGCAAGCAGAUUUACUGGCAAAGGAAAAUAAAGAAUUCUUUGCAGACCUCAGUGCAUCAGUUUGUCCCCUGGCUCUGAACAGCACUAUGAUUCAGCUGGUACACUACACAAAACAGGGUCUGCAAUGGCUGAGACUGGAGUCGGGCAUGACUUAAGCAAAGGACAGAUGUGGGCCCUCUGAACUGUUUUGCACUUUGAAAGCCCGUGGAGGGUCCAUGAUUGGGCACAUGAAUUGAAUGAAAGGGUAGGAAAAAGGAAAGAGGGUCAUGGUAUCUGCUAUGACUGGACAUCUAUGAACAUUGCCUAGUACGGCAAAUUCUUUGAGAUGAAGGAAAUAUCAGAAUUAAAUAAUGCCUAUUGGGCUUAUCACAAAAAACGUGCAAUGUGUUAUUAGAAAGGUCAGACACGUCAAUGGUCUUUAAGCAUUUCUUAAUGAUACCAGCAGAGUAGAGAUGUCUUCUGAAAGCGUGGCAAGCUGUUGGAGUAUCACAUUGUGGUUUCUCAACCAUAGCCCAUGGUAAGUGAACAACUGGAAGAAAUCUGACAAUCUUAAGGAAGAUUAUAUAUGCCAAUAAUAGGGGAACAUAUGUAAUUUAUUUUUUUUGGGGGGGGGGAUGUUUUUUUUGUUUUGUUUUUUAAUUUUAGAAUGCAUUUCCCCACUUGUAGCUUUGUUUUUGUAAUAAUAAAUCCCAAAAAAAUUCUGAUGCAAAGAAUGAAACACUGAAGGAGGAGGGUUUGCUGGUGUUUUGUACGAUGUUCAAGUUCAGUGCUUUGUGCCUUACACCAACAUCCUAGUGUCCUUGUAAAAUCUCUUAUUUUGUAUUCCAAGUCCAUAUUUAUUGGGGGGAAGGGAAAAAAUAUUUCACUAUUCAGUUUGUGGCAUAGUUGAUUAUAUCGGUUAUAUAAAUUGGUAUUAAAAGGCCCAAACCUUUCUUAUACAGUGGCUUGGUGAUCCUGCUAUUUUCUAAGCAAUCUGGAUGCUGUGUCUUUUCUACCCAUUUACUUGGCUUCUCUAAUGAAAGAAUCAUUGGGUUGAGCACAAAGCUAGAGUAAACACUGCCAUCAAUUCUAACUUCCAUCAUCACUGCCAUGCUUCCACACCUUCACACUUCAAAUUAAUUAAUUUAUUUUUGCUAGUUUUUACGUUUUACCACUGUGAUUUUUGAAUGGUCUAAAAAUCACACUUUAUGGCAACUGGUUUUGUUUUCCUUUCUUCUAUUUUAAUAAACUGGAAGUGAAAGACCAGGAUAUUUUGCAAUGUUAGAACCGUUUUGUGCUGUUUUGUGUUUCCAAUUGGAGCGGUCCACCCCUUAACUGCUGCUAUGUUGUUUAUUUUUAUUUUUUUUAAUUCUUCUAAAGGAACACCAACAUUCCUUGCAUUUAUAAUAAAUCUCUAAAUAUAGGUACAAAACAUUACCGAGAAAUACAUUCAUGGUUUGCAUUCAGACCAGUUUUUACUGCCUUGUUCCAUUCAUCUAAGUCACGUUCCAGCCACAAAUAGCACUUGGAUUAUAACACAAGCAGGUUAGAGAAUGAUUAAAAUGAUCAAAAAGGUAAACCUUUUCAGACUGGAAAUGCUCUUUUGUGCAAAGGAGUGUCAUACACAAUUGCACAACACAUGAACUGUGAAUGGCUCAAUAUGAAAACCCAUUAAGAUUUGUGAAUGUGCUAUUGUAAGACUGCCAUUGCUUGUGGGUUAAAACUAUUGAGCAAAUGAGACCUAAAUAUUUGAUUUGUUUGUGAUGAUCCCCUUAUUCAAAUGAAGACCUCUGUAUGUGGCCUAUUAUGUAGGUAGUGAGUUUACUAACCGAUCACUCAACCACUGUGCCUUUUUAUGGUAGCUCUUCAGGCAUACGCUCUGAAAUCAGGUGUAGUAUGCCUUAUACCUUGCAUGUGAAAAUGAAGACAGGUAAUUUUAUAUUUUAAUCAGUAUUGGCAACAUUGUUGAAUCAUUUUUGGUUAUAGAGAGUGGAAAUCAGAUGACACAGUGGUUAUCAAUGUAAUUGAGAAUGGAAUACGACAAACCUAUAUUGUAUGAGACUAGAUGCUUCCCGAAGCAUUGAUGGCUAAUGAUGUACCUUAUGCUACCAAGCUCUUUAUCGGGUAUUUAAUUCUAGAUCAGUUAGAUUUAUAAUGCUGAUUGGAUCAGGUGUGGCUUUGGGUGGAAAUUAUCAUUGGCUGGCAUCUGUUAAAUGAUAUCCUGGGGGUAAUGUAAUGCAGAUAUUGGAACACUGGGUGGUUGCUUAAAAUAAAAAUUCCAAUAAAGACGACAACAGCAGAAAUAUGGACAUUUCAGUCUGAAUAAGCUCCACACAGCUCUUUAAAUAUAGGAGUAUCACUGAGCUAUAUGCAAUUUGCAAACCAUCAUUGUACUUGCAUAACCAAGUUUAAGAAACAUACUUUUUGUUUCACGAUGUGGUAUAUUUCUAACAAUAACUGAUUUUACUGUGCUCCUGGCAAGGCACGCAAGUCCUCAAAAUCCUAAUAUUCACUGGCAUAUAUAAGGUGAUUAAAUCAGUCAUUUUAAGCUUACAAAUGGAAGCAGUGCCUUAAACAUCAGUUGAAGCAGUUGGGUAGGUCUUAAUGAAACCAUUGUUGUAUUGACAUCACUUAUCAGGACUGUUUUAUGACAUGCUUUCUCUAGCAUUUAGAGCUCUUUACAGUAUUAAUGUUCAAAUGGCCCGCAGUGUAAUUCCGGUCUUGGUUGUAAACAUAAUUUCAAAACUCUUUGUGAUGUGAUAGCCUGUAGUUUGAGAAUGUAUCUUUUAGACUAAUGUACAAGAACAACCCGUUCUUGUGAGUUUAAUCCAGUGAACAUACAACUAUUUAACAUUAUGUGCUUCUGAUAUGACCGGUAUAGUGUCAUUACCUUAACAAACACAUGGAGUUAAGGCUCUGUUAAUGUUUUUUGAACUUGUGUUUCUAUUCAAGAAAGUUAGUAAUUUGUUCAGACCUUUUCUCAUUUAUUACCAGAGUGCCCUGUUCUUAGGACAUUCCAAACAUCACACCUCUCUAUUUAAUGACACCACUGGAACAAGUUUGGAGCCUGAUCAUUCAUUACUGUUUUAAAACCAGUGUCAUAAAUGUCUUUACAUGUAUCUUUACACAUUGGAUAAUGUUCUAGGUGCCAAGUUUCUUUGUACUCUUAACAUCUGUGUUAAUACCCGAGAGAUAAUGUGCCUUAAUGUAAAGGAUUUUUAGUAACCAUUGUGGUUAAUAUUAUAGUGUUGUAACGAAUAAGUAGCCUUGCUGUUGUGUAGAUAAAGAUUUAUUUUUAUAAACCUUACUUACACAUAUAAAUGAAAAUCCGCAUCACCAGUACUGAAUGGGUUUACCAGUUUCUAAUUCUACAAUCAUCAAUGAUUAUAAUUUACGCCUUUUGAAAGUCCAUAUAGAGAUUUAAGAACCUGCUUUGUUAUUAAGAUAGAAUAUUACAGGGCAUGUGGAUGAACACAACGACCUUUAAUAAUGGUGGAAUGCAGGUGCUUAAAACCUUGAAGUUACCCUUCCCUUUUCAUACUUUCAGAUUUAUAUGCACAAGUUGCACUUACAGCAGAUUUUUUUUUCUUCUUCUUAAUUCUGUCUAAUUGGUGUUUUUGCAUAUAUAUUUUUUUCCCCAACCCUAUGACAACUUUUCCAUUUAUGAUUGCUUUUCUCUGUGGGGUUCUCUACCUUGUUCCAAUUGAGUUUACUUUACAGUGCAAGUGUUGGCUCAUUUUUUGGCAAAUGAUGUUUACUUUUAUGCAGCUCCUCAUGUGUCGCAAAUGUCAUAGUGGUAAGAGAAGCUGCACCUUCUUGUACCCCAGGUGGCAUUGCAAGUAGAGUUUGGUAUGAAUAGAACAGAUAAAAUUAUGUUCAGUCUGCCCCAGCCUACUAGAGAGCAGGUGGGGAUUGGAAAACUGCGCCACGUCAUUCCCUUUACCAUCUCCAUGUGUGCAUGCAGUGAAUAUGUCCUUAGAAUGCACACCACUUUUCAGGAGGUCUAACCUAGAAUGUGGGGGGAGUGGUUCUUAUGAAGAAAUGGAAAAGUUCAGGUCGCUUCCAGUCCACAGCACAUUUACUUUUGACUCCUUUAUUAAUUGUGGGAAAAGAGAAUUGCUUCUUAGUUUAAUGGACUGUGCUACUCCCCCGGCCCUGACCUAACUGGGUAAUUGGGCAAGGGGAGUUUAGACUCUUCCUGUCAUUAUUUGACCAAAAAAGUAUGGCCGGGGGGCUUUGUUGCCCCCUCAUAUAGCUUGUCCUUUGAUUAUCAGGGAUAGAGAGAAGUAACAAAGGCAUUACGCACUCUCUCUGUAAUAAGUUAUUGGUAAAGUUAAAGGGAUACUAUAUAGUCACCCAGACCACUCGGUUGAUUGAAGUUGUCUGGGUUCACUGUCCCUGUCAGUUUAACCGUGCAAUGGUAAUUAUUGCAGUUAUUGAAAAACUGCAAUAAUUAGCUUGCAGGGUUGACUCCACACUCUGCAUGAGGACAUCCAGUGUCCACUAAAACCCCAUAGGAAAGCAUUGAUUUAAUACUUUCCUAUGGGGUUGUCCAAAUGUGAUUGCCGCGCAUGUUCAUUAGGUCCCUGACCUCUGGGGGGGGAGGAGCUAAGGCAAAGUCUGACCCUGCACCGAGGAACAUUGGCGCUGGGUUCAGGUAAGUGACAUUACCCAGUAUUUUCUCUCAAGGGCAAUGGGAAUUAAAUAGCUUGAUGCCCCUUUCCUAGUGACAAUGCGCAAAUGGAUAUCCUAUAACAAUAUUAUCACUCGAGCCUAUCCUGUUAUGUAAAGUUAUUUGACAGAAGCAGAAGAAGUUUAAUUUAGUGAGCACUAAAGAAUAGGUUAAGCCAACUGCUGUUUCUUCAUCAAAUUGUCAUCAGGCACAGAACCCCACAAGUAAAAAUGUAGUCUCAGCCUUUUGGUAUUUACACUAUUACCUAUAUAUUGUACCCAUAUCGGAAAAAAAUACAUAUAGACAGAAUUUGUGAUCUGGGUGAGGGUGGGAGAUUGGAGAGAUCUGCUUUAAUCUUUGAUUACAACCCAAUGUUUGCAGUGCCUUAUUGUAUACUUCAGGGUCAAUAAUUAAAUGGAAUACUAUGUAUUUAAUUUUUUUUUGUUUCACACAAAGUAAUAUGAUUUUGUUUUGUAGGGCCUUUAAAUUUUUAUUUUUUUGUUUCAUCCCAUUUUUUUUCAUUGUAAUUAUUCUUAAAGUUGUCCUUUUUCAUCAACACCCCCCAAAAAACUAAACCCAUCAACAACGUUCCCAGGGUUAAAAUGGGAUUGAGCUUGAGAUUACUUUAAAUGUUACAUUUUCAAUAUUUUCCAUUAUAACUAAACUGUAUUGAUGGCAAUUUCUUAAUGAAUUUUCCUCCUCUUAAAAUGCAAUGUGACUCACUCCGUAAUUCAUAUUGUAAUGAUUGUAAUAUGUGCAAUGGGAAAAUGUGCAAGUAAUACCUUUAAUGGAGGUAAUUGGUGUAUUUUAAACUACUUUCUGCAAAACCUUUGCAUUCUGGGGCUUUUGUGAAUAUACUUCAGCUGCCUUGUACAGUUCGUUGGGACAUAAAGACUAAACAGAUCUGUGAUUUUUGUUUUAUUAUAUUUUCUUUUAUUUAAAGAAAGAAAUAAGUCUAUGCUAAUUCUCUUUCCAAAGAAGCUGUGCCACUGAUAUUUUGUUCAUUAUAUUGUCUGAUGAUUUGCUGUAAAGAAUAGAAAGAAAAAAAAAACUUAACGUUAAAUGAUUUAUUCUUUUUUGGCAAAAGAAAAUGUCAGGAAUUAAUCUGUAAAUAAAAUAUCAACUAUAUUUCUAUGAA